AUGUUCGAGCAGCCCCGGAACGGCACCCUGUUCCUGGGCGGCCAGAAGAUCUCUGGCUCCGACAUCCGCGAUCAGAACGUACUGGCUACUCAGGCUAUUGCAAAUGUCGUCAAGAGCUCCUUCGGCCCCAGCGGCCUCGACAAGAUGAUGGUGGACGAUAUUGGUGACGUGACGGUUACCAAUGACGGCGCAACCAUCCUCAGCCUCCUCGACGUCGAAGACCCGGCCGGCAAGAUCCUCGUUGAUCUGGCGCAGCAGCAGGACAAGGAGGUCGGCGACGGCACCACCUCCGUCGUCUUGAUCGCCGCCGAGCUCCUGCGAAGGGGCAACGAACUCAUGAAGAACCGCAUCCACCCCACCACUAUCAUCACAGGCUACCGCCUCGCCCUUCGAGAGGCUGUCAAGUACCUCAACGAAAACGUCAGCAUCAGGGUGGAAAACCUAGGACGCGAGUCGCUCCUCAACAUCGCCAAGACGUCCAUGUCCAGCAAGAUUAUCGGUGCCGACUCCGACUUCUUCGCCGAUAUGGUCGUCGAUGCCAUGCAGGCCGUCAAGACAACAAACAUUCGCAACGAGACAAAGUACCCCGUCAAGGCUGUCAACAUCCUCAAGGCCCACGGCAAGGGCAUCCGCGAGUCGAUGCUAGUCAAGGGCUAUGCUCUCAACUGCACAGUUGCCUCGCAGGCCAUGCCUACGCGCAUUCAGGACGCCAAGAUUGCCAUAUUGGACAUGAACCUGCAAAAGGAGAGGAUGAAGAUGGGCGUCCAGAUCACCGUCGACGACCCCCAGCAAUUAGAACAGAUUCGUGCCAGAGAGUCAGGCAUGGUCCUCGACCGAGUCGAGAUGAUCCUCAAGGCUGGUGCCAAUGUCAUCCUGACAACCAAGGGCAUCGACGACCUGGUCCUCAAGACGUUUGUUGAGCGAGGGGCCAUGGGCGUCCGGAGGUGCAAAAAAGAAGACCUGCGACGCAUCGCCAGGGCCACCGGCGGUACCCUCCUUAGCACGCUCAGCGAUCUCAACGGCGACGAGCGCUUCGACCCGUCCUACUUGGGAUAUGCCGAGGAAGUCAGUCAGGAGCGCAUCUCUGACGACGAGUGUAUCCUUGUCAAGGGUACAAAAGCCCACUCCUCUGCCUCUUGCGUCCUGCGUGGACCCAACGACUACUCUCUGGACGAGAUGGAGCGCUCCAUCCACGACUCUCUGUGCGCCGUCAAAAGGACCCUGGAAAGCGGCAGCAUCGUGCCCGGCGGCGGUGCCGUCGAGACGGCUCUCCACAUCUACCUCGAGGAGUUUGCCGGCACCGUCGGGUCCCGGGAGCAGCUCGCCAUUGGCGAGUUCGCCCAAUCGCUCCUCGUCGUGCCCAAGACCCUGGCCGUCAACGCGGCCAAGGAUGCCGCCGAGCUCGUAGCGCAGCUCCGAUCGCGCCAUGCACUGUCGCAGCGCAUCCAGGAGGGCGACGGCAGCGAGGACGAAAAGACGAUUGCGCGGAAGAAGGGCUACAAGAACUACGGGCUCGACCUGGCGCGCGGCAAGGUCGUCGACGAGCUCAAACUGGGUGUCCUGGAGCCCAGCAUGAGCAAGGUGCGGCAGCUCAAGAGCGCCGUCGAGGCUUGCAUCAGCAUCAUGCGCAUUGAUACCCUCAUCAAGCUCGACCCGGAGAGGAGAGAGGAGGAUGACGGGCACGGCCAUUAA